UUUCUUUUCUUUGUGAUGUAUGUUUUAAUUCUUCUUCUGAUCUUUUCUGAAGUCAUGGAUGUAUGUUUUAGGAGUCUAUACUCUAUAGUUCUUGAGUUUUCCAGUGUGUGUGUGUGUGUGUAUAUAUAUAUGUAUCCUCGUACCUUUGAAUUUUCCAGCUAGCACUCAGUCCUUGGGCAUAGGUACCGUAAUUUUUUGUCCGAGCAUCUCUGUCGGUUUGUAAUGCUAAUCGUCAUCAUAGAUUCCAUAGGCUUCCGACUUUUGGCCUAUUCAUUAUUUUUCCAUCUGCACUUUAUUCCUUGAUCUCUUUCUUCGUGGUUGUCUUCCCCUUGUCUCAUCUUUUCAACAGAUUUUUCAUCAGCUGGGCUUCAAUUUUUCAGUAGUUACAUUUUUCCCCUCAUUCAACUUUAAGAACAGCAAUUCCUUCAAUAAAAAGAAAUAUAUAUUAAGGACAGCGAGAUUGGAUUGUUUUGCAGGAUAGUUAUUCCUUUGACUUUUUGCGUGCUAGUAUAUUUUACGGUUCUUUCAUGGGGUAAGUGGAUUUUGUGGUCAAUCGGAGUUUUUAAGAUUCACAUUCAAAAGUCAAAGGAAUAUCUUUGCUUUGUAUUUGCAGAACCCAGAAAGUGAAAAAAGGAUGCUCUUUUAUGGCACAUGAAGAUAUCAAUCUUUUUGCGUCACAACAGAGCAAAUGGAAGAUGAUGAUAUAUUUUCUGGGAUUGGUAUUGGAGCGCAAGUCGAUGGCAAAGUAGUUCAAACAUUUCAGAAGAGCUUCUUGCAAGUGCAAAAUAUUCUGGACCAAAACAGGCUGCUUAUCAAUGAGAUCAAUCAGAAUCAUGAAUCAAAGAUCCCAGAUCACUUGACCAGAAAUGUGGGCCUAAUUAGAGAGCUCAAUAACAACAUUAGGAGGGUGGUUGAUCUUUAUGCUGAUCUUUCGAAUUCUUUUGCCAAAACCAUGGAGGUGUCUUCAGAAGACUCAGCUGGGACUACUAAAUCGGAUGGAAGAGGAGGCCAGAAGAGAUUUAAAUCCAGCUAACUCGAUUCCAAUUCAUGAAAAUCAAGAUGGGAUCUUCAAUCCCUCUCCUCUCCACUCUACUUCUUAAAUUUUACCCCCUAUCUUACUGGAAAAAAAAAAAUCAAAACAAAGGGGAUCUUCAAUCUUUUUUUUUAUUGUUUUUUUUUUCUUAGCUUGCCAUAAUUUCAUCAGAUAUAUCUCUAAUGCACUUUAGUGGAUCUUCAUUUUUCUCUUCAUAUCUUUCUUUAUUUUUUUGGGGUGGUUCUGCA